AUGGUGGCAGGUAGGGCGUUUCCCCGCAUAGCGGGAAGCCGUCAUAUUCGAGCUGGCUUGAGGUUCUAUGCAGCCAAGGACAUUCCGAUGCGAGAAAUUAUCAAACAAGAAAGGAAUUUUGUGGCAGACGAAAUGGCUGCAAGCAUACUGAUCACAGAAAGUUUGUCCAGAGCGGAUCCAAACUUGGACAUAGCUAGCAACGAAAAAGAAACGGGACAUGUGGCUACAAAACCCACCAGCUUGUGUCCCAACUUUCUUGGGUCGUUGAUCAAGGGUGGAGUAAGCCAGAAUGCCAUUCUUGCAAGAGUGAAUGCCAGGCUAAAGCUGGACUAUCAAAUUGAUAAUCCAAUCCAAUUGGCCAUUGAUAGCGUCAAGCCACUAUUGGAGUACAAAUCCAUGAUGGGGCGCAAACAAACUCUGCCAAGAGUAUUGACUCCCCAUAGACAGAACGGCAUUGCUAUUCGAUGGCUGGUUGAAGCCGCAACACAGAGAGAGUACAAUACGGUGAGAAAUCUCGAGAGAGGCCUAUAUGACGAAAUAGCAGAAAUCUUUGCCGGCACCUCUUCACUUUACGCCAAGAGAUUCAAUAUGCACAAAUCAACUUGA